AUGACGAGGAGUAUAAUUUAUUAUAGUGAACCAAAUAAAAACUUCGUUUAUGAUGUGAAACAACAUAAUGAUGAUAAAAAGAUAAAUAGCGAAAAUCAAGACUAUUUAACUGAUGAUUCGAAACAACGACCGCUGAAUUCUUUCACAUCAGAUAAUGAUAAUGAUAAUGAUGAUGAAUAUCAAAGGUCUGAACGUGCAGCAAUGCAAAAAUUUGGCCCACCAAGCGCAUCGUUUCUACGAUUUGGUAGAUCUAAUCCGUCUUUUUUAAGAUUUGGACGAUCGAAUCCGUCGUUUUUAAGAUUCGGACGAUCGAAUCCGUCAUUUUUAAGAUUCGGACGAACUAAUCUAUCUCCACGUUUGGAUUGGGCACCGGUCGAAAAACGAACACAACAAGCCUCAUUCUUACGAUUUGGUUAA